AUGGUCAACGUCAUCAUCAUCAUCACCAUCAUCAUCAAAGCUAGUGUCUCGCAUGAUAGAGCCUCCUCAAAUCUGAUUGGUAUCAGCCCCGUGGAUCCAGAGAGCUUACAAGGAGGGGAAAGUGAAGGAGAUAUCCCAAAAGGAGAUAUUCCCAACAAUGUAUCCAUUAAAGACACCGAGGGCUCUUCCACGCUGCUGAAAACCAACUUGACCAUCGAAACAGUCAAUACCACCGAGCCCUUCAACCAGUCCACCACUCAACCCAUCCAACCAACAGCCCAGGCCACCACUCAACCCAUCCAGCCAACAGCCCAGGCCACCACUAAGCCCUUCUGCCCAGCGCCUGUCACCUCCUGCUCUGACUUGGAGAGUCAUUCAGCAGAGGCCGUGCUGGGGGAGGCUUUGACAGAUUUCUCCCUGAAUCUCUACCACACUUUCUCAGUAAUAAAGAAGAAGGAGACCAACAUUGUCUUUUCCCCGUUCAGCAUCGCCAGCCUCCUCACUCAAGUCCUGCUCGGGGCUGGAGGAGAAACCAAGGAAAGCCUGGAGCGACUCCUCUCUUACCCCAAAGACUUUACCUGUGUCCACCAGGCCCUGAAGGCCUCCAGGUCCAAAGGCUUUACCACAGUCUCUCAAAUCUUCCACAGCCCAGACCUGGCUAUAAGGGACACCUUUGCGAAUGCCUCUCGGAGCCUGUAUGGCAAUAGCCCCAAAGCCCUGGAAAAUGACAGUAAAGUCAGCUUGCAGCUCAUCAAUGCCUGGGUGGCCCAGAAGACCAACCACAAGAUCAGGCAACUGCUAGACAGCCUGCCCGACGACUCCCGCCUUGUCCUUCUCAACGCUAUCUACCUGAGUGCCAAGUGGAAGACAACAUUUAACCACAGCAGAACAAAUAUGAAGGGCUUUUACAGCAAAUCCUCUGUGAUAAAAGUGCCCAUGAUGAAUAGCAAGAAGUACCCUGUGGCCCACUUCACAGACCCGACUUUGAAGGCCAAGGUGGGCCGUCUGCAGCUGUCCCACAACCUGAGCUUUGUGAUCCUGGUGCCCCAGACCCUGAAACACCGUCUUGAAGACAUGGAGCAGGCUCUCAGCCCCCCUGUCCUCAAGGCCGUCAUGAAGAAGCUGGAGUCGGCCAAGUUCCAUCCUACUCACCUGGUGAUGCCUCGCAUCAAAGUAAAGAGCAGCCAGGACUUGCUGGAAUUCUUUGACUUUACCUACAACAUCAACCUGUGCGGGCUGACAGAGGACCCGGAUCUGCAGCUUUCUGCGAUGCAGCACCAGUCCGUACUGGAGCUGACGGAGAGCGGGGUGGAGGCGGCUGCAGCCUCCGCUAUCUCUGUGGCCCGCAGUUUGCUGGUCUUUGAAGUGCAGCAGCCCUUCCUCUUUGUGCUCUGGGACCAGGAGCACAAAUUCCCAGUCUUCAUGGGGCGGAUAUAUGACCCCAGGACCUGA